AUGGAAGAGGAGAAUGGGCCUUACUUAGGCGAAUAUGAAGGUGAGCGAAAUGAAAAUGAAGAGCGACAUGGAAUGGGUAAAGCAAUUCUACCAAAUCAGGACACUUAUAAUGGAAUGUAUGAAAAUGGAAGACGCCAUGGCCAGGGAACCUAUAGAUUUAAGAAUGAGGCACGGUAUAUUGGAGAGUAUGCUUAUAACAAAAAACAUGGUGAUGGCACUUUCAUCUAUCCAGAUGGAUCAAAAUAUGAAGGUCAGUGGGUAGAUAACCUGAGAUGUGGCACAGGGACAUAUUAUUAUGUGAAUGGUGAUACUUACACAGGCGAGUGGGAGAACCAUGUACGGCAUGGUCAAGGUAUUUAUACUUAUGCAGAUACCAAGUCAAAAUAUGUUGGGAAUUGGGACAAUGGCAGAAUGUAUGGCCAUGGAGAAUUGAUUCAUUCCAAUCAUAAAUAUGUUGGAAUGUUCAAAAAUAAUUUUCCACACAAUGAUGGAAAAUAUGUUUUUGACAUUGGAUGUGAACAACAUGGUCAUUAUGAAUAUAUUGAAAAGGAUGAAGAGCAACAUGCAGGCUAUGAAGAUGAAGAAGUAGUUCGUCAGUAUAUACCUAUAUGGAAAGCUGGUGAGGUAACACUUAUCAAUAUUUCAAAUGAAGAUGAUGAACUGUCAAUAGAUGAAGAAGAAAUUGAGCAAGAAGUUAGUGAGAAGCCUCCAGAAGAAGAAGAAACAGAUGAAAAGAAAGACAAUGAAGUACAAGAACUCCCAGAAGUUGAGGAAAAUACAGAUCCUGAAGAAGAAACAAAACACCCAGAAGAUUCCAGUCCUAAAGAUGAACAAGAAAAAGAAGAAAAGGAAGAAACGAUGGGUGGUGAUCCUGAAGAAUCUUGA